AUGACCCUGAGUACGAGCCUGAGGUUGACUAAGACUACGAACAUAGCCAACCCAGACGUAUUCGUUCCUGGUAACGAUAAUGUUGUCCCUACACAGGACUCAUCCGGUCUUCUGGUAAAGCGUAUACGUGACCAGAAGCGCAACAUUCAACCGUUGCACAACCGUAUCAACGGCCUCCGGGAGCUAUCGCCGCUCCCAAACGACGGGACAACACAGGACCGAGUAUUCUAUUACAAAGAGUUCACCAUCGGUGCCGCGGGCCCACAGGCAAAGAAGCGACGAACAAAAACCAAUACCAACAUUGUGAACGCCUGCAAUGAUUACAUCAGUAUUCACGUGGAUGACUCCUUGGACUUGAUUAAGACGUCUGAUAUGGUCAAGGGUAAACUUGACUUCAUUUCUUUUGACCCGACGGAUGCGAUUGUGUAGAUAACAAGAUUCACGAUGGUCCUUUGCGAGAAGACAGGCAAUCGUAGCCAUAUGAAACAGACACAGAAGUUCGGAGGUGAUGCGAUGCGCAAUGUCGACAUAUACACUUGAGACACUAGCAUAAGUAAUACAAAUACUUAGCUAAGUUUAGCAUAAUUUACCAUAAACUUAGGAUGAGUUUUGACCAGU